CUACUUUAAUUUUUCAAUUAACGGCUUCUCUUUCUUGCUCACUUAAACCUCUGCCUAAACCCUUGUCUCUCUAAAAUGCCACUGACAUCCAUAAUUUCCAAGUCCAGAAGCCCUCUCCUCGCCUGCUCAUUUCUCCUUAUCAAGCACCUUUCCUCUUCGAAAUCUCUCAUUUUGCCCAAAUCAUUCCUAGUUUUUCCUUCCACGACCAAGCCCACGAUCGGAGAUAAUAAUCCCCAACAAUUUGGUUGCGAAUGGGUUCGAGCAUACCACGACGGCAGGCCCAGAGGGCCUCUGUGGAGGGGGAAGAAACUCAUUGGAAAAGAGGCCCGUUUCGUUAUAUUGGGUUUGAAGCGAUUCAAAGACGACAGCGAAAAGCUCCCGAUAUUCAUUAAAACCCAUGUGGCCAGGCUUCUUAAAUUGGACAUGAUCGCUGUUCUCAGUGAACUCGAACGCCAACAGGAAGUUUCUCUUGCUGUUGAGGUAAUUGAUUAGUGGGUAAAAUGGCGGAAAAUAGGUUGUUGAUUUUGUUUGUACCUUACUUUGCCUGUUUGAUGAUACUGACAAUGUGAUCUUGAUCCAAAACAAGUGGCGCAAUUGAGUGUUGGACCUUUUCCUGUAGUAUCAUACCUCAUGUGGUGUUCUUAGCUGAAUUGAUGCAUUUACUAGCGUAUUCAAUGUGUGAAAUCAUGUCUUUUCCCCUUAAGACUAGUGCGUAUGGGUCUAUUAUACUACUGCAUCAUUCCGUGUUUCAGCAAUAGUUGAGUUGUACUCUUUAUGGUCAAGUGGAGAUUCUACUAUAGGGAAUUCUGGGAAUAGAGCUUGUUUAAAUGUAAGCAUUUUGUGCACGUAGUCAUUAUUUGGAUUCUUGGAAGUAAACUAAAAAGGAAAGGAAGCUGUUCAAUUUGAAAUGAGAAAGAACAUAAUGUUUUUUAAGUCAAUAACAUCUA